UCGAAUUGCCAACGGCUAGCCAGCUAGCUCGUUCUCAAGGGAGAGUUAGGGCAGUUAACUGAACUAUAACAUUCGUUAGGAUAAUGUUCAUGUCAGGUACGGGAAACGGGGGCUACGGGCAUGGACAGGGGCCGGGAUCGAAUGGUUCCUGUAAUCCGCGGAAGUUUAGCGAGAAAAUAGCGCUCCUCACCCAGCGACAAGCGGAGGACACCGCUGCUUUUCAAGAGGUUAUGAUGGACAUCACGUCCACCAGGGUUUUGGUGCAGAGGGCGCGUCAGGCCCGAAGCCAGGGCCUGUAUUACGGAGGCUCCCUGCCAAAUGUCAAUCAGAUCGGGAGGAACCCCUCAGACUUCCAGUGUCACUCCCAGGGCCCGCCCUCCUGUGGCCCUGACUCAGGAUGCCCCACGAGACGCCGCCCAAUGGCAGACCCAGGACAGAGUGACGGACAGCUGAGCUUUCCAGUUCGAUCUGUCAGACGACACAUGGACAGUGCUCCCUACAGGCCAGUCCAUCUGUCUCCCCCUGCGGAGCCUUGCUGGAAAAGGAGCUGGGCUGAAAGCACCCAGAUGGACACAAGCAAGCAUAUUCAGCCUUCCAUGACAGCACUCAACAGGACAAACUCGGACUCUGCUUUGCACACCAGCGUGAGGAACACACACACAGGAGACCUGUUGAGCCCCACACAGAGAACCAGGCACAGAAUGUUUCCGUACCCAGUGCCCCCCAUAGAGGAGAAUGUUCUAGAGGAGGGGAAACUGUCACACAGUUCCAGGAAGUCGGCUGUGGAACACAACAAGGCCUGUGAGCUUCCUGGUAUCAAAAUCCUGUCCUCCCCAGACCAGCAGCUUGGUUCUCUCCUGGACCUUCCUGCUGCCCUCAGUGCCAGUGGCUCCCUGCCAGACCUCUCCAGCCUGCACCUGCCCUCCCCACAUCCAGGGGGCGCCAGCCUGGACUCAGACAGCCUCCCUGGCUCCCUCAGCAUGGCCUGCAGCACAGGACACCUACCAGGGACGACCUCUGACCUGAAAGACCUGGUGGCCCGGGAGGACCAGUUCCACCUGCCAGGUCUGUGUGUGUCUCUGCAGGGUUCUAUCAGCAACCCUUUGCUCCCCUCCUCCCUCAGUCACCCCAACAUCCAAUCAUCUCUCAGCAGCCACUCCCUCCCAUGCUCCCUAAACUCUGCUUCCUUACACCUGUCGCUAAGCAACCCCUCCCUCCAGUCCUCGCCCAGCAACCAAUCCCUGCAGUCCUUCCUUAGCAACUCUUCCCUCAGUGGACAGUCCAUCCAAUCGGCUGCCAGCCACUGCAGCUACAGCAGUGGGAUUGGUGGGUCUCGUUCGUGCUCCUCCUCCUCCCUGUCCGCUUCCCCGCGUCCUACUGGCCAAUCCGUGUCCAGGAGGCGGACCCCUCUCAGCCCAUUGGUGGUGCCCCCUGGUGGAGAGACUCGGUGGCACCAGACCAAGCAGUUCUCUCCUGUUGGCUCGCCGACCCUCUCCUCCAUAACUCAGGGAGUUCUUCUGGACACCAGUAGCCAGGUACCCAAGGAGCAGAACCCGAACCAGGGGAGCCAGCCCACCCACCCCCCAGCCCAGGGACCCAUCCUGCCCCAGCAGCAGCUCUCUGUAUCGGAGGCACAGCAGCAGCAGACCUGCCUGGAGCUCCAGCCCCAGACAGCACAGCACCAGGACAAACUCCGACCAGGACACUGUCCACAACAACCACAUCAGCUCCCACAGAAACAAAACAUCCAGUCACAAAAACACUAUUAUCAACACCAUCAACAAGAUCAACAACAACACCAUCGACAACACCAACAACAUAUUCAAGAACAUCAACAACGACAGACCCAGGUGUAUCCAUACCUGUACCCGCAUAUUCAGACAGACAGGCAGGACCUGUCAAGUCAACAACAACUCAGCCAACAUCACCAAAGACUUUACCUACAACAACAUCAACAAGCACACACUCAUUCAUAUCAACAUUUCCAGCACCCCCAUCCGACCCCAAACCAGCACCCACACCCCCAUUCUCAGCCUCACCCCCAGCCUCUCCCCCACCAACACCAGCCCCACUCCCACCCUCAUCCCCACCAAACCCAGCCGCAGAGUGUGCGUCUCCAGCCCCAGCAGAUCCAACAUGGCGGCCAGCUUCCCCAGCAGCAGCACAGUGACCAGCACCAGUGGGGUAACCAGCGGCCAUACCUGCCAUUCCAGGGUGCCGACCUGCAGAAGGUUCCUAAUGGAGAGGUGGGCCGGAGACAGAACCAGGGGAUGGGCUGGGGCCAGCAAAGGAGGCCACCCCAGACUCUGGAGGCUGCUUCCCAGAGUCCCUCCUCCCUGGACCAUCUCCAGAAGGGCUACAUGGGCCUCCACCUGACACCCAGCCAGACUGAAGCUCUCUCACAGCAGUUGGUCCAGCUUCGCAAGGAGCCUCCCUGGUCAGAACUGCCGGGGAUGGACCAGAACCACAGCAGCACAGAGUUCCAGAACCACAACAGCACAGAGUUCCAGAACCACAUCAGAACAGGGUUCCAGAACCACAGCAGUACAGAGUUCCAGAACAUGCCUAUGACAGUGUACAACGACCUAGACACCCUGCCCAUCCUGGGCUUUGAUGACGACCCGUUCAGCCUGGAUGACCCCCUGCAGAUCGACCCUCUCGACCUGGAGGAGCUCCACAUGCUGGGGGGGGACAAAGGGGUGGAGGAGGCGAGCCUGUGCUCCACCCUGCUCAGAUGACCCUCUCCCUCCUCCACCACCCUCCUCUCCCCCUGCCCCCAACCCUCCCCUUUUCUUCUCCACCCUCUGACACCCUCCUCUCCCCCCUGCCUCCUCCCCCCCCCUUCCCUUCCUUCACGCCCCUAUUCAACCUCUUCUCCCUCAUCCCCCAUUCUCCCCCUUCUUCUCCCUAGCCUCAGCCCUGUAUUUACAAACAACAAUGUAUUCAUCCAGCAGAGGGACCUAUGACCUCUUCAGAAUCAGAAUUGUGUUUAAUCGCCAAGUGGUCACAAACAAGGAAUUUACUUUGGUGGGCAGGUGCAUACAGUGAACAUUUAAACAUAAUGAACAAAAGGAAAAUGUAGAAAAUGUACAACAAAAUAAAAUAAACUACUGGCAGAGCUAUACAAUAUAAUAUAAAAUAAAAAAGAUUAUAAUAAAUUUAUUUUUUUAUAGUAGUCAAAUGCUCUACCACUGAGCUCUACCCAUCCUCUCAGUAUGCUAACAUGUAGUUGAACUGCACCCUACUCAGGUUCCAACUCUGGGGGUUCUGCCAAACUCAGGAUCAUGCUCUAUACUACACAGGAGUCUCCAGAGAGAGGCACGAGUGGCCGACACUAGAUGAGGUAACAAGGGUCGAGCACCAGCAAGCAUUGAGCAUUUCUCUCUGAAAUAAGUAGUAGCCAGUAAUAAACCAUGCUUUCAUAGCCAAAUUAAUGAAUGAAUAACUUUUUUUUAAAAUGUAAAAAUAGCUCUUAGAAAAGUUCCUCUGCCCCUAUUUCAUAUCUCAGUGAAGUCAGUGCCUGUCAUCGUUUUUCCUGUCUUAGCUUGGGUUCAGGUCAUAUGUUAGGAUCAAUAUAUUAUAUUACAUAAAUUAUGGUAUAUUCAACCUAGGUCAUAGCUGGCCUCGUGAAUAGGCUGGUCUGGUAACCAUACAGCUCUACAUAGGCUCUAGGUCAUGAAAAACAACAUUAUAUAAUAAUGUUGGAGACCUCAAUUUGCUACACCUUUACACAUACACAUUCUCAUGUACCAUGGUUAUGAUUUCCUGUUGUGCUUUGCCUGCAGUGUGGACUCUCCCUGAGCCACACUUGUGUUUUAGGAGGAUUUGGGGUUUUGCUUUGGCACAUUUCUGCUGUUGCUCAUUCAAUACAAUACACCCUGGAGAGAAACUGAAAUAAUGAUGUAAUAAUGCCCUUGGACUGGUGACGGGCCAAAGCAUCAUCAACAUAACCUGUUACCCUCUCCUACUAAAUCUGAUUGGUUGUACAGACAAUGUGUUGCCCAGUACCCUUCUGUGAUUGGACGGCUCUCAGACAACAGUAUUAGUCCACAUUCUUCUAUGUCAUUGUAAGACAACCAAUGGGAAUUGCAUUUCUUUACAUUUUACUUUGUAUUCAUUUAGUCAGGACUGCUGUUGCAACUACAGCAGCUACUUGCAUGCAGUGAAGCAUUGGAAUGUCUAACCCUUUCCAAAACAAUGCACCUUACCAUAGUCUACUUUAUAAGAGAUACAUGCAACAAUAUCUGAAUAUGAAGGUAUAUAUUUGUUAUAUAUUUUUGUAUUUAUUUUGAGCUUUUGUUUGUGAUACAUUAAUGUUCAUAGAAAAGCGAUAUGUAAACCACCCUUUUCACUCUCAGGUAGAGAUGAAAAAUGUAAUGUAAUUUUUUUACAAAAUGUGGCCAAGCAACUUUUGUAACAUUAUUUUGCUAUGUGCUCAAGAAAAACUUCCACAAAUGCCUGAUAAAUAAAACUAAUUUGUUUGUGAAAAAGCC